AUGGAGGCUGUUGCCGCGGUCACGACCGAGAAAAAAUCGGUCGUGGCUAAAAAGGUUAAAACCGCCGGUCGGGCCGUGCUGACCAAACGACCUCGUCAAGAGGCCGAGCCGGUCGUUGAACCUCCACAGCCUGCCAAGCGGGUAAAACAGCUGGCAAAGAAGGGCGCACGGGAGAUACACGUCAUCUCCAGUCAAACUACAGGGGCAACUACUCCCAGUGUUUCCCCUUCUCCUGCCGUUGUUGAAACCUCAUUCGAGAAACAGCCGGCCCCGGCCGCAGAGACAAUUCGAACACGGCCUGUCUCUGGGACUGGUAUACCAGUUGCGCCUCCCUCCGCCGAGAAAGCACCCGUUCCAAAAAAGGUGGUUUCUGUGACCGAGGGAAAAACCCCUGAAAAUCCAAAGCCCUCGGUCUUUAUUCUGGAAGAGAGUGAGGGGAGCGACGAGGUCCCGCUGGCAGAUCGUCUGCACCCUCGCCGACAACCUCCCCCAAGGUCCGAGAUGGUGGUUCAAGCCGGCCCCUCCACGGCUGACCGUGGCAAGCGUCCGGUCGAGGAACCCACGGCAGUGGCCGAACCUCUCGCUCCCUCUCAGGACCAGGAUGUCCCUGCCUCCUCCGAAACGGCUGUUCCGGUCGGCCCAUCUGCAGCCGACCGUGGCAAACGCCCACUCGAAGAACCCGAGGCAACGGCGGACUCACCCGUUCAUCCCCAAGACCAGGGCUUCCACAUUCCUCCACAGGAGGCUUUCUGGGAGGUCGAAUUCAAAGCCCUCCUCUCCAGUACUACUGCAGAGUCUGGUCCUUCGGCCGCUACGACCGAAGCUGCCGAUCCCAGCGCCCUAACCCAGCUGCGAGAAGUCCUGACUGACGGGCCCAUCUGGUCAAGACCCUCCUCAUUUGGUUGGUCGGCGACUACGGAUUCAGUUGUUGUCAAAGUCGGACAACGAGACUCUUCUGACCCUUCUUCAACGACGUCAACCGGCGGAGCUGCUUCGGCGACAGGUUGGUUCUGCGUGACCGCCUCAGGUGAGAUUGACAAUGUACUUGGGAUCAAGACCUGA